UGUCGAUAGAAAAGACAUUUCCCUUCUAGAGUACAGCCGUGGCUGUACUCUGAGAGGACAAGGACUCCUUUCCUCUAUCCUCUCUGCUUGCUUGCCACUAGAUUUCAAAUCUUCAAUAAAUAUAAGCCUUGAGAAUACAUGAGGAAAUCUAGAAAUUUUAUCUUGAAAAUGUUGGAAUUUAAAAAAAAAUUGAAAACUUUAUAAGUUUAUUGAUCGAGGCUAAUCUAUUCCGCUAAAUAUUGAUCGAAUUUUUAGGUAAGCUUGCAUAUAAAUUUUGGGGACUUUUCCAAAGUUUAUAGCAAAUUUGGGCUUCCUACAGACUGUAAUGAUAUAUUUUUGUCACCUAUCGAUUCCUAAAUGCCAAAAUCUUGGUAAUUUAGUUCCAAAACAUAUAUCUAUGCAAACUUUAAGUUAUAGGUCAUCAUGACUGUUCCUCAUGGAUUUAUCUCUACCAAGAACUCCAGAACCGAAGGACAUAGGCACUUCAGAGGUGCUGUUGUUGGUGUUUGAAUUCAGGAACUUGCUGGGCUUGAAAGAUAAAGAAUCUCUACAAUCUGCUGGCUUUUGGAUUUGAUAAAGCUCACUCUGAUCUUUUCUGUACAUGCUAUCUAUAAUGUUGUCAUUUGUAUUGUCAAAAUCAACAAUAAUCUCUUCGUGUGGGUGAUCACUAUCUCUGAGAUUAACUUUCUCGAAUCAAUCAUUUUUAUCUGGAGAGGAGUCUUCUUUCGGCUGGCGACCAGCUAAAAGAGAAGCUGUCGCUAGACUUUGGCGUUCAGUAUCAUUCAAUGGCUUCUCGCUCUCUUCUACGAACCCUGCUGGACGAGUGAUGGGGUUAUUUAAGAAACGAAAGUUUGUCUGUUGUUGAGUCCAGCUCAUUGACACUUGCUCUAUUGCUUGCUUUGAAGCUACCCUUGCCAGAUGUUUUUGGUCUCUUGUUGUCCAUAGUAGUAUUUUUGGUGUUAAGGCAAGAAUUACCCAUAAUCACUAACUUAAAAUUUUAUUAGCUUUUGC